CUUGCAUGGCAAGUGCGUUUUGCCUCGCAAAACAAGUGUCAAGGCACUCGACCAAGACCGAAGACAACAAUGGGUAGACUAAUGGUACUGUAGCACCGACGCAAAGACGGAAGGGUAGACUACCCGCGUAGCAAGCGAGAGCGAUCAUCAGCAUUAGGAGAAACAGAAACAAACGACAAGUUCAAGCGUUUGUUGAUUUAAGCAAACGACAAGUUCUAAGUUCUAGCGUUUCUUGGUUUUUCUUCGCCUUGAAAUAUCCUGGAACAAUCCAGCCACAACUGUAGCAUGAUGCUCCGCCCUCUCCAACUCGCCCUCUUCUUGGCCUUGGCCACUGUCACUACCGUAUCCGCCACGGCCGUCAUGCAUAACAUGCGGCGACCACUUCGUAUUGGCUUUAGCCGUGCUCUUCUUUCCUUUGCCGACAAGUCUAGCACUACCCACAAGGAUCUUCUCCUGGAAGCGGAGGAGACAACCAGUUCCACUAUCACUGACCUCGACAGUUUCAGGGGCGGGUCUUCCCCCAAAGUGCCGGCUCUCUACAAGUUCUUGUACGCCGCCGCCGGUAUCGCGACUACGGCCGCGUGGUCGACGGUCGUCUACACGACCAUUCGGUCCAAUCAACCCAUGGGGGCCCUGAUGCCCACUUGGCAACACGGCUUUUUUGCCCGGAUCGGUGCUCUGAGUGCGGCGCCCCUGAUUUUGACCAGUUAUGGUACUCUCAUCCGGGCCUGUCGCAAGAACGAACUCCAAAGUAACACGGCACGACGCCACAAUUUGGCCUUGGCGGCGGCGGGAAUUGGUAGUGCGUUGUGGGUGUGGCAAGCCCCGCUCAUUACCAAAAUUCCGGGCACGGAUCCGCUCCAGAGCCAUCAAGCCUAUCAAGGCAUGAUGAAGCAGGGACUGAUGGCCGCGUACGGAUUGGGUGCCACCGUCUGUGGUGGAAUUUGGGCAAAGACAGCCUCGACAGGUCUUCUUCAGUGGCCCCAACAGAUUUGCGAUGGGGUCGCCCAAGGAUUGGUGAGUUUGGCGCCGCAAAACCGGGACGAUCCCGUCCAGGUCAAAUACAGUGUGUUGGCCAGUGGCUUUUUGUUUUUCACGGGAUUGCAAUUGGUGUCGACGCAUCCCACCAGUGUCAUUCCGUCGUGGACGGGCCGUCGUUUGGCCCGAGCCUUUCCGGCGUGGACCUUGUUGGCCGCCGUGACCUCUCUAGAUCUCAAGGAAGCCACUGAACGGGGUGCCUUGCACCUGGACCAGCAAUACCGAUUGUUGGCAAAUGGAUUGAAAAGCUUUGGAGUCCUCUAUUUGAGUGCCAAAGUGGGGGCUAUUUUUGUGGAUCCUUCCUUUCCGGCAUCAUACCACGCAGUCGAGCUCGUGCCGGGGUGGGCCGUUGCAGCGAUUGUCUUUGUCGGGUUGACGCUACGAUCGGAUGGUGCCACGAAAAUGGUAGAGGCAUGUCCCAUUCCAACCAACGAGGAAGUGACCGAGGACGAGCCUUCAGAUAUGGAUGUGCCAAAAGAAGAGUAGAUACAGCAGCUACCGUAUGCCAGAGCCAGUUCGUAAUGAGAAUAACGCGGAAUAGAUAAAAGCUAUUUAGCAAUGCAUGUACAAGU